GAUUGUCAUGACAACAGCAAAGCGUUCUCAUGCGGCAUUUCAUUAUUUACACCAAAACAAAGCCUGCUAUUCCAAGACCAAACCUACAACUAUAACACUUUCGCUGCCUUCAAGAGGAAAUGCAAAUCUAAUCUUUAUAGCGGAGCUUCAGCGGAAUACCAUGUGACAAGUGCGCCUCGUCCGCGGUGAUGAUUACAUCUCUGACGAAAGCAACGCCAGGAGCUCUGGUGCAAUAAGUGCAUGAAACGCGAGCAGCUCUGAAGGACAACAGUGAACAUUCACGUCUUGUCAUUGACACAACGCUUUUCUUUGAACGCGAAACGAGCUCACGUCGAAGAACACCGCGACAUCUGCAGAUGAAAUGCACUCGCCUUUAGCGACCUAUUUUCUCCUUCCAGUAAACCUCAAGGUCUUUCGCUGUUAGUGGAUCAGGAAGAACGGGCACUGAUGUGACACAUUGGAUCUGAACGCGCUUUCACUUCCACCAGCUCAACCGAUGUUGUCGCAUGAUGAUGAGCUAUUUUGAUAUCCGCGAAGCUAUUUGAAUAUAUUUAUCAGUAAGUCUGGUUAUUUCCAGCGGUUCACAUCAGAUCUCCUGUCAACACACCAUCAGUUCUCUUCAGCCUGCCUUGAUCGAGGAAAUUGGAUCACAAUGGACCCAGAGCAGCAAACUCAAAGCCAGUGUAAAACUAAUGAUGUGGGAUCAUCUGCACAAGCAAAAGACCCGGCAGAAGCGUCCUCCACAUCUUCUCCUGCCACUUCUACACCAGCAGCGGCUCCGGCCCGGCCCAGACGGCCCCAGAGGACCCCGCGAGUGGAAGGAUCGAUCGACGUAUCGGAGCCCAAACCGCAGCAGACGACCCCGACUGGCCCCGACAACCCGUCAGAAGCUCAAACUCAACUCGACGCUGCUAAUGUCAGUCAUGGACCUCCGAGUUCGGCUGGACAGAAGAUUUCAGGACACGCUGCGAUGGCUCGGAGCCACAUUACAAUGAGGACCGCCUCUCUUCCUCAGACCCCAUCAUACAAACCUCCAGCCACAGAUCCUGUCUUUCACCCUCAGAGGGCCCUUUCUGUCGCCGGCACCGCAGACACUCAGUCGCAGGUCGUGGAGGAUUUCAGGGUGCAUAUUAUCACUUGGAACGUGGGCUCAGCCAUGCCUCCUGAAGACAUCACGGCUUUACUGGGCUUGCAUGUUGGCGAUGGGAACACAGACAUGUACAUUAUAGGCUUACAGGAAGUGAACUCAAUGAUCAACAAACGACUGAAAGAUGUUCUUUUCACUGACCAGUGGAGCGAGGUCUUCAUGGAUGCUCUCAGCCCCUUUGGAUAUGUACUGGUGACGUCUCAGAGGAUGCAGGGAAUGCUUCUGCUGGUGUUUUCCAAGUACUUUCACCUUCCUUUCCUGAGAGGCAUUCAGACCCAGACCACUCGCACCGGGCUCGGGGGAAUCUGGGGGAAUAAAGGCGGCGUGAGCGCUCGCAUGACCGUGUUCGGUCAUUCCAUCUGUUUCCUGAACUGUCACCUUCCCGCUCACAUGGAGAACUCAGAGCAGCGCAUGGAGGACUUCGAGAGCAUCCUGCAGCAGCAGCAGUUCGAGGGACAAGCGGCCAUGGGCGUCCUGGAUCACGAUUUGGUUUUCUGGUUUGGAGACUUGAACUUCCGAAUCGAGGACCUUGAGAUGCAAGUUGUGAAAGCAGCUAUUGACAAUAACAAACUGUCCGUACUGUGGGAAAAAGACCAGCUGAACAUGGCUAAAGGCAGCGAGUCUGUGCUCGAAGGCUUCCACGAGGGGCCCAUCAAAUUCCCUCCGACCUACAAGUUUGAUGUGGGAACAGACACGUAUGACACCAGUGGUAAGAAGCGCAAGCCUGCAUGGACUGACCGUAUUCUGUGGCGUCUGAGGCCGACGGCUGCGUUCAGCAACAGCGUGUCGAAGCGAAGCUCCAUGGCGGGACUGAGCAGCGGGACCCGUGUGUCGCAGCACUUCUACCGCAGUCACAUGGAGUACACCGUCAGCGACCACAAGCCGGUCUCCUCUAUUUUCACUCUGCAGUUCCCAUAUAAGGUGGACAUGCCUCUAGUAGAACUCAUUGUAGAGGAUGAAUGGACAGAGAUAUCAGAUGCGGUGGCCACAUUCAAGGUGGUGCCCAACUUUCCUCGAAGCUCCUGGGACUGGAUUGGGCUUUACAAGGUUGGGUUUAAGUACCAUAAAGACUAUGUGUCUUACACAUGGGCCAAGCAGGAAGAGUCUGACUUCCUGAGACAGGAGCACCAGGUGACUUUUACAGAGGAAGAAUUGCCAAAGGAUUCUGGCGACUUCAUACUGGGUUACUACAGCAACAAUAUGAGCUCCAUUGUGGGUGUCACCGAGCCAUUCCAGAUUCAACUGCCAGCCUCCGCCUCCGCUGGUCUAAGCCCGUCUGACAGCUCCGACUUCACGUCUGAUGACGAGGUAAAGAAGGUCGACUCCUGCGACUCGGGUCCCGAGACUGAAGAGCAACAGCACAGCAGCUCCAGACUCACCGAAGAGCAAACGCGCUCGAGCGAGCAGGCCGGGGGCACAGUCGAGUCCAGUGCGGAUGAUAGCUCUAACUCAGGAAAAGAUGCAACCAAGCCAGAGGAAACUUAGCUAAGCACACCACCUUCUCUGGAGGAUCACAUCAGCUCAAGGCUGCAGGUUUCUGCUGUAAUGUCGUUGUAGAUUUACUUGUUUGGAGAUGUUGUGUAAUAUGUUGCAGGGCAGCGGUGAGCGUUUAGUGUGUGGCUCCCUCUGGCAAAUACAAGAGGGCAGACUAAA